AUGGGGAGCCUUUCCAGUGAGAAGAAGGUUGACAUCGCGCAGGAAUCGGCCUCUGCGGCAUCCAGCAUCCUGGAAACUGCCAUUCUGGACAACCUUGUUAAUGCACAGCACUGGCGGGAGGUCUACGACCUAGCUGGGUGUGAAGGCUGCCACCGCUUCGAUCCUGAUUACAAGUGGACAGCAGAGGAGGAAAAGAGGCUUGUUCGCAAGGUUAUGAUGUUCUGUGCGCUUGAUCUGAAUAGGAAGAACAGCAAUCGUGCCAUUUCAGACAAUAUGAUCUUCCUAGCCUGCUUUUUAAGUGCUGAACUACCCAGCGGCCUUGUCAGCAAGAAAGUUGGUGCGUAUCGCGCAUCGCAGGCAGCGCUCAAUACGAAAACGCAAUAUUACACCAUCUGCGCCUUUCUCGGUCUCCUUAUGGGAAGAUUCAUUCCGUACGCCCCCAUUCAGCCAGAAAGUUUCGCAAGGCUAACGAUCACCAGUGAUAUUGUUCUGUGGCUCACCUAUUUAUAUAAAUCGAAUGAGCUGCCAAAUCGUUUGGCAUGGUUCUGGACUGCUCUGAGUACUUGCAAUAUCGUUGGAUCACUGAUUGCAGCUGGUGGUGGAUGGCAAUAUCUUUUCUUGAUUGAGGGUCUUAUUACUUCUGCCAUCAGCGUUCUGUCCUGGGGUCUAAUGCCUCCAAGCCCUUGCCAAACGAAGCACUGGUUCCGCGGCAAGAACGCCAUCAAAGAUUGGGAAUUAUGGUCGUUGUACAUCAUCGGACUCCUAGCCUACAUCCCACCAGCACCCCCAACGACCUACCUCUCUUACAUUCUCCGCAAACUCGGCUUCUCUGUCUUCCAAGCCAAUCUCCUAGCCAUCCCGUCGCAAUUCCUCUUCACUAUGCAGCUCCUCAUACUGACAUGGUUCUCCGAACGCUGGAAGGAACGCUCAAUCCUCAGCAGUCUCAGCAAUCUUUGGAUCUGGCCAUGGCUUCUCGCUCUUGCCUUACUCCUCGCUAAAGUGAACCCCUGGACUCGAUACGUUCUGCUCACCGGCCUUCUCAGUUAUCCCUACUGCCGCGCCAUCCUCGUGGGCUGGAACGCAAAGAAUAGCAAUACCAUACGCACUAGGACCGUUUCCGCGGCGCUAUACAACAUUUUCGUGCAGUCUGGGAAUAUCAUCGCGAUGAAUAUUUACCAGGAUAGCGAUCAACCACUGUAUCGUCGAGGGAACAAGAUUUUACCCUGGAUCUGCUCGUCAAAUAUCCUGUUGUUUUAUCUUGUUAAGCUAUUCUAUAUUUGGAGGAAUAAAGCCAGGGAGAGGAUGUGGAAUGUAUUGACUAGAGAACAGCAGGAUGAUUAUUUGGCGAAUACUAAUGAUGAGGGAUGA